AUGGCUGCCCCAUCCGGUGUAACCACCAAGAACCUCAGCGGUGUGUUCGUUUCGGACAAGCAGUCCAGCGACAGCACAGAUGAACUGCUUCGACUGCAGGGCAUGUCGUGGUACAAGCGGCGCGCUGUCUCCAUGUUUAACCUCACACUCUCUAUCAAGCACUACACAGAUGAUGAUGGCGUGGAGCACAUUGACGCAGACCAGAAACUUUCUGGUGGCAUCCCUGGCGGUAGUGAUAAUCACAUCCUUGACUGGCAGGAGCGCUCCUGCAACGACGACGUUUUCGGCCCGUUGAUUUAUAAGACGCGCAGAGUCUCGCCAGAGCUAAUUAAGGAUGAAUUCCUCAAGACUGGUUGGACCGAGGACACCAUUGCAGACGGUAUCAUUCAUACCGUCGCUUGGAGUGAUCCCGAGAACCACAGCGGUGGUUACACGUGGACAGCGGAGCAGACCUGGGGUUUCCAGUUCGUUAACGGCGAAAGACAGCAUCUCAGGCUCACCUCACUCACUUCUUCGGGCAAGAAAGAUGGUCCAGUUUGCGUUCGCCUUGCCUACAAUUUAAGAGGUCUGAGUUACAUCCGUGGACCACGACCCAACAUCGAUCUUACAGGGACCAUACAAUCACUCUUACAAAUUACAAUCGAAUCAGCAACCUCGCAUUUGACCCGUCCGUUCACUUCACUUUCCCUGUUAGCCGUCUUCGUUGUUGUAUACGUCGUAUCUUCACUUUUCAUUGUCAGUUCUCGGUGGUACCUCAUUCCUGCAUCCUCCUUCUUUCCUGUGCGCUCCAGCCGUUUGAGCGUAAGCUGCACCCUUCAUAGUGAAACAUAUGAUUCACCUACAUGUUUUUACCACAGUGGUAUCAUCAAGGACUCAGCCGGUGGUUGUGCCACAGUAAACCUUACUGCACAACUCACCGAAUAUUUACUAACCGCGUCCUUUGUGCUGUCUUCCCGCACUCGGAUAGUGUACGGACUUCGUAGCAUCGCGCUUGUUGUCAACAUCUCGGCAGCCUGUCUUCUCUGUGUUGUCUUCCGUCCAAUAUUUGUGGUGCUUUAUUGGUUCCUAGUGUGCAUUGGCUUCUGGGACGUUGCACUUUUCUCGCAACCUCAGCAAAAUCCACCGCCGUUAGACGUGGCUUUUGAUGCCUUCUUACCCCCCCCCCCUUUUUUUUUUGUCAAUUACGGUCUCUGGAGAGUGUCAUGGCGAUUCACGCCGCCCGUUUUCGCAAAUUCUCCUUUCGAGGCAAUGGUUUGGCACCUCGUAUCCUACUGCGCUGGAGUCUCGACCAACCUUACCAUCGCGAACACACCAAUAGAUCGGCUCACCGUUGCUGAUAUCACACAACAGCCAGGAGGGCUGGCUGCCUUCAUAAUCAUGGUUUUGAUUGUUCUCGCACUCGUUUUGAACCAGGUGCGCGUCAUCGAAAAGACUAGCUGGCUGCCCAGGUACCUUGGAUGGUAUCUCUUGCAUUUCUCCCCGGGACUUCGAUUCCGUUUGAAACACUACAUUAGAUCCACGGUCUUACUCCCCAGCACUGGGUUCUUGCUACGUCCAUCUGCUAUAUAUCAAGGCUCUCUGCUCGGUAUGUUUCUCAACGGGGUUGCAACCUUCGGGUUUGCCUCGAACUUACAAACGGCGACGGAUUUCCUUACCAAUUCGAUCACUUAUCGCCCUUCGGUACCCUUGGGAUACCAGACCGUCUUCUGGUCAACCAUGCCGAGUGCACUGGUAACUCAGGGGUGGAUCGGAUUCUUACUCUUUGUAGAUGACUUUGAGCGAUACGCCAGAAAUGCUCUAAAUUAUUCCCUCACUGAGUUGGAAGCAGGAUUCCCGCACUUCUUCAGAUUGGUUAUGAGUUUCCUGUAUACGAGUGGAAGUUCCGCAGGUGACUUUACAAUGCUUGCAACGUUGUGGCCUAACGGGAUACGGGUCAAUUCACUUCCCGGACCGUCUUGA